AUGAUUUUGUUGGUGGUAUUUUUUAUUGCGAUCAGUUCAAGCGUUGUUUGGUCAGAGAAUGAGGCAUGUGAACAACUUAUUAAAUGUUAUGCAAAAUCUCGAGAGAAAACUGACGAAUGUCUAUCGCAUACUGAAAAGCGGGAAUGCCGAAAUGAUUCUUUACAGUUAGAACUGAAAGAAUUAAUUGAUGAGCGGAGUUCGCUUUACGAAAAUUGUUUACGCGAAAAAUCAUCCACUGCAACGACAAUCGGAAAUGCGAAAAAGAAAGCUAAGUGUGAUGCAAUAUUACAAAGGAAUCCGUUCAGAAGGAGCAAACUUGGAAGCACUAAAAAAGAUAAAAAUAAGAGAAAGAAUCGAAGAUCGAUUCAUAAAAACAAGAAGAAUAAUACACAACAGAAGUUGUGCUUUCGAGAAGCACGCAAAUUGAAGACAUAUUGUGCGCAACUGUCGAAAUGUUGCACUAUCAGUAAAUUAUGUAAAGUAAGCACAAUGAUUGAGAAGAAAAUUGCCACAAAAAGAAUGGAAAUCAAAGAAUUUGAUGAGCAAUGUCGCCUGGAACAUCAUGGUAGUAUGAAAGCGAAGAAUAAUAAAAAUGAUAAACGUAGAGGUAAUUAUCAUGGUGGUGGUGGUGAACAGCGCAGAAAAUCCAAGAAUCAAGAUUCUGAUAUAUAA